AUGCCACCAAAGAGAAUAUCUAGCAAAUCUCGGAGAGUGCCAACUCCUGCCUCUCAACAAAACAAGAGACGACGGGUAUCAACAAAUAUGGAAGCGGUCGAGACAGUUACGCCCCUAUCCCCUGAUGUCCUGGAAACCAUUACCAGACAAGUAACCGAGCGGGUCACUGCUACAAUCAGAGAGGAGUUGACAACGCUAAUAACUAAUGUGACCAGCAGCACCACAGCCACUAGUCAGGGGAGUAUUAGUAAUAAUACUUCGGGGGUUUCUGUCAAUAAUGAUCCAAGCUUAACUAAUUCUGUUAUUUGUGGGUCAGAAUCGACUGCCCCAAGUACAUCCAAUGACCAAGCUAUUCAACAGUCUGUUGAAGCCUUGGUAAUUAACCAUACUGAAAAAAUAGCAGGUAAAUCAGUUCUUACAACUGGCGCCAUGGACAGACAGAAACCCAGUCAACGUGCCUCCACUUCCAAAAUUUCCGAAUUAACAAGUGACAUCCAGAGACUCCUGGAUACCAGUCUCACAAGUUCCUCAACAGCUUCGUACUCCCAUGCAUGGACAGUUUUUCAAAACUUUGCAAAGAAAUAUGGGUUUUUGGUUGAACUUCCAGUUAAACAACAUAUAUUAGUAUAUUAUGUUGCAUACCUCUUUUCGAGGGACUAUGCUGCAUCGACCAUUACAUCUUACCUCUCAGCUAUUAGUUACAUUCAUAAGCUUAACAAUUUUGGGGAUCCAUGCUCAUCCUUUUUAAUACAAAAAUUACUGUUAUCAACCCGCAAACUGAAACCUUCACAAGAUGUUAGGAUACCUAUUACCAAAAAUAUUUUACAUCAAAUAUGCGACGAUUUACCAUUUACAGUUUCUAAUGCAUUUGAAUCGGCCAUGUUCAAAGCAAUGUUUUUGUUGGCAUUCUACGGGUUUUUAAGGGUUGGAGAAAUAACAUCUUACCAGAAAGUAAUCAAUAAGAAUUUACUUCACAUCAAUCAGAUUUGUAUGGAACAAGACAAAAUUAUUAUCAAAUUUAUUACAUAUAAACAUCACAUGGGUAAACCAUUUUUUCUUACAAUACAUUCAGCAAGUAGCAAAAACCAUUGUCCAGUUCAAUGCCUCAAAAGUUACUUAAGUUUAAGAGGGAUACAAAAUGGGCCACUCUUUUGUUAUGUGCCAAAUAUUCCAGUUACUAGGUGUAAAUUUUCCGCAAUACUUAAAAACUGUCUCUCAUUUGCAAACAUGGACAUGAGUAGAAUAACAAGUCAUUCUUUCCGGAUAGGCAUGGCAUCUCAUUGCGCGGAUAUUGGCAUGAGCGACAGCAAAAUAAGACUCUUAGGUCGAUGGAAAUCGGAUGCAUUCAAAAGUUAUAUUAGGCCAAUUAACCCUUCCUAA